UAAAGGUGUAAGAACUGAUGGUAAAGAAAUAGGAGUAGAUAAAGACAUAGAAAUCAAUGAUGAAGGUGCAAAUAUUAAUAAUGAUAAAGCAAAGGCUGAUAAUAAAAGAGUAGAUGCAAGUAAAAAUGUGAAUAUUAAUGAUAAAAAUGCAGAAUUUAAUAGUAAAGAAAUAGGAAUAAAUAAAGACAUAGAAAUCAAUGAUGUAGAUGCAAAAAUUGAUAAUGAUAAAGCAGAAGCCAAUGGA